UCAUGAUCAUCCAACACUCCAACACCUUGCUUCCAUCUCAUGGCUCUGAAAUCCCCCUCCUCCUCCUCUGCCCAUCCCUUUUCCUCUUCUUCCAUCAGAUAUCCAUGGAAAUACGAUGUGUUCCUCAGUUUCAGAGGCGAAGAUACUCGCUAUGGUUUCACUGGCAACCUCUACAAAGCUCUUUCUGAUAAAGGAGUCCAUACCUUCAUUGAUGAUGAGGAGCUUCAAAGAGGAGACGAAAUCACACCCUCACUUCUCACCACAAUUGAAGAGUCCAGGAUUGCCAUCAUUGUCCUCUCUCCUAACUAUGCUUCUUCUUGUUUUUGCUUAGACGAGCUUGUCCACAUCCUUCACUGCAUCAAGGGAAAUAAUCGGUUGGUUUUUCCAGUUUUCUAUGAGGUUGAUCCUUCUGAUGUUCGCCAUCUAAAUAACAGUUUUGGAGAGGCAAUAGCUAAGCAUGAGAAGAGAUACAAAUAUGAUAUGAACAACAAGGUGGACAAAUGGAAACAGGCUCUGCAGCAAGUAGCUAAUUUCUCAGGAGAUCAUUUCAAACAGGGAGUUGCAUAUGAAUACAAGUUUAUUGCAAAUAUCGUGGAAGUCAUUUCAAGAAAGAUUAGUCGUGUACCUUUGCCCGUUGCUGAUUACCCUGUUGGACUAGAGUCUCGAGUGUCAAAUAUAAUUUCACUUCUGGAAAUGGAUUCUAGUGAUCGAGUUCACAUGGUAGGGAUACAUGGAAUUGGUGGCAUAGGAAAAACGACACUUGCAAUUGCUGUCUAUAACUUGAUAGCUGACAACUUUGAAAGUGUGUGCUUUCUUGAAGAUGUGAGGGAAAAUUCAAGUAAAUAUGGGUUGGUACAUCUUCAAAAUAACCUUCUUUGUAAGAUACUAGGGAAGGAGGGAGUCCAGAUACAAGGUGUUAAAGAAGGAACCUCACAAAUACAACAAAGACUUCGUGAAAAGAAAGUUCUUUUGAUUCUAGAUGAUGUUGAUGAACAAAAGCAGUUAGAAUCUAUUGCUGGAGGACCUAAUUGGUUUGGUGGUGGUAGCAGGGUGAUUAUUACAACACGAGAUACACAUUUGCUAAAACUCCAUAAUGUUGAAAAGACAUUUGAGGUAGCUGCUUUAAGUAAGGAACAUUCUCUUGAAUUGCUUGUUAAAAAAGCUUUCAAAAAUGAUGAAGCCAACUCAACUUAUUAUGCGAAUGCUUUAAAUUGUGCAAUAACUUAUGCCUCUGGACAUCCGUUGGCUUUGGAAAUAAUAGGUUCCAAUUUGUUUGGAAAAGAAGUAGAACAUUGGGGAUCUGCAUUACAUCAGUAUGAAAAAAUUCCUAACAGGGAGAUCCAACAAAUACUUAAAAUAAGUUAUGAUGCUUUGGAGGAAUAUGAGAAGGAUAUUUUUCUUGAUAUCACUUGUUGCUUUAAAGGACACAACUUGAAAGAAAUUAGAGAUAUACUUCAUGCUCAUUAUGGAGAUAACAUGACCUAUCAUAUUGAUCGGUUGGUUGAUAAAUCACUCAUAAAGAUUAAGUUUGGGGAUCAAGUGACAUUUCAUGAUUUGAUAGAGGAUAUGGGCAAAGAAAUUGUUCGACAAGAAUCACCAAAUAUGCCAGGAAACCGUAGCAGGUUAUGGUCUCAUGAAGAUAUAGUUCAAGUUUUACAAGAAAAACAAGGGACUAGCACCGUUGAGAUUAUAUAUCUGGAAUUUCCUUCCUCAAAAAUGGAGGAAAAUGGUGAUCCAUCGAAAAAGAAGAAAAAUAAAGUUGUACAAGUGGAAUGGGAUGGACUAGCGUUUAAGGAUAUGGUAAAUCUGAAGACACUUAUCAUAAAAAAUGGUUCUUUUUCCAAAGGUCCCAAAUAUCUUCCAAACAAUUUAAGAGUAUUGGAUUGGAGGAGGUCUCCAUUGGAGGGUUUUCCAGAUGAUUUUCAAUCAAAGCACCUCUGCAUGCUCAAGUUACCCGAAUAUCCUUUUAAGUCAUACAAGUUGGAUAGCUUAUCCAAGAACUUGGCCUCCUUGAAUGUUUUGAAUUUUGACAACAGUGAGUAUUUGAAAGAGAUACCUGAUGUGUCCGGUCUUCUAACUUUACAAAAAUUAUCAUUCAGUGGUUGUAAGAAUUUGAUUAGAGUUCACAAUUCAGUUGGUAUCCUCAAUAAUCUUAAAGUCUUGAAAGCUGAAGAUUGCGAGAGUCUUAGGACUUUUCCAUCUAUCAAUUUGCCCUCACUUGAAAUACUUAUGUUGUCUGGUUGCAAAAGAGUUGCGAAAUUCCCAGAAAUACUGGGAAAGAUGGAAAAGGUAGAAAUUCUUCGUUUGUGUGGCACUAACAUAAAAGAUUUGCCAUCGUCAUUUCAAAACCUUUGUGAGUUGUCCCAUUUGAUUCUGAGUGCCAAUACCUUUCAUAGGAUACCAAGUGUGAUUGUGGAUAUGCCAAAACUGUCUACAUUAUAUAUUAAGGUAGAAGGCCAUAAGUAUGAGACUUGGGAAUCACGCAACAAGUUGGAAGAGGGGGUUGAAGGAACACUCAGCUCUUCAAAUGUGACUAAUCUUACUCUCUAUAACUAUAUGCUGUCAGAUAACUUUUUUCCACUGGCACUUGCAUGGUUUCGCAAUGUGAAAACAUUAAACCUGACUCGCAACAGGUUCACAAUCCUUCCCGAAUGCAUCCAAGAUUUUCGCUUUCUAAGCUCCCUCAAAGUUGAUGACUGCAAUAAGCUAGUUAAGAUUGCAGGAAUUCCACCAAAUUUGAAUCAAUUCUCGGCAGUAGGCUGCAGCAACUUGACUGAGGAGGAGGUCAAAAGCGUGUUACUCAAUCAGGAACUGCACGAGAAUGGAAGAACCGAGUUCGCAUUGCCAGGAACAACAAUUCCAGCAUGGUUUGAAGAGCAGGGAAAGGGAAAUUCUAUUUCAUUCUGGUUUCGUGGCGAGUUCCCUUCGAAUGCACUUUGCUUUGCAGUUCUACGGCGGAAAAGGCCCAGAGGUUUAACUCAUAUAACAACCAUGGUGAGCAUCAAUGGCAAGCAAGUUUCCCGUGGAGGUGGGAGAACCCAAAUGCAGGACCUAUUUAUUUUUGCUCUGUCCGUGACAAAUAAAACGUAUCAUUUGGAUGGAAUAUGCUUUGAAAAUAAAUGGAAUCAUGCGAAUGUUUCAUUUGAAAUUGACGGCGCAAUGGAGUUUGGAAUGCAUAUAUUGAAGAAAGAGAGUAGUAGCAUCAUGAAAGAUAUUCAAUUCACUAAUUGUAACAGUCCAGACCACCUACCAGCACGAUAUUGUCCACUUUGGCACAGUAACAGCCCAGAUCACAAAAGAAAAAGGCUUGGCUAUUGUCCAAGGAAAAGGAAAAGGCCUCACGGUUAUUGUCCAAGGAAAAGGAAAAGGCCACACGGUUUUGUGCCAAGGCUUCACGCUUAUUGUUGGCUUCACGCUUAUUGUCCAAGGAAAAGGAAAAGGCCACACGGUUUUGUGCCAAGGCUUCACGGUUAUUGUCCAAGGAAAAGGAAAAGGCCACACGGUUUUGUGCCUCAUGAUUUUAAGGAUAGAGAUGCGAAUGUUUCAUUUGAAAUUGACGGCGCAAUGGGGUUUGGAAUGCAUAUAUUGAAGAAAGAGAGUAGUAGCAUCAUGAAAGAUAUUCAAUUCACUAAUUGUAACAGUCCAGACCACCUACCAGCACGAUAUUGUCCACUUUGGCACAGUAACAGCCCAGAUCACAAAAGAAAAAGGCUUGGCUAUUGUCCAAGGAAAAGGGAAAGGCCUCACGGUUAUUGUCCAAGGAAAAGGAAAAGGCCACACGGUUUUGUGCCUCAUGAUUUUAAGGAUAGAGAUGAUAGCCGCUCAUCUUUGACGAUAGAGAUGAUAGCUGAAGCCUCCACACUCACUGAUCAAAACGCACGCGUCAUGUUUGGGAGAGGUAUCUACACCUUUAUAAGGCAUGCUUUGUUCCUCUCCCCAACCGAUGUAGGACCUUACACUAAUCCUUGCAUAAAGAAUGAAGACGAUGAAGCUCUCCAUGGUAUUGACAGCAUUGACGUUCGUCUAAGGCUACAACCAGGUUCUGCAACUAGCCAACCAGCUUCGCAGAAUCCUCUUGGGCAUAGUGGAGACACGUCACAUUCAAAAGGGAACUGGGCAGUGCCACAGUUCAGGGGGGGCACUGUUUUACCUAGGUGGAACAUAAAAGUGAUGUUUUGUACAAUGUUAAGCAUUGUAGUGUGUGGUUUGGGUAUGUGGUUAGGAAAGAAUUAGGGUGCUGUGAGUUUAGGAGCAAAGAAUGAAACAAUUAAGCCCUACUUCAUGUGGAUAGUAUUCAAGCUUUCUUCCAAUGUAAAAAAAGCCUUAGGGCUCUAAAAGAAGCAUCACCUUAAUUCAAUGGAACCUUAUUGCAGUUUUCUUGCA